CAGCGCUGAAACACAGAGUUUACCCGCUGAAGGCACAGAGACGCUGAACAACCAGAGAUGGGGCUUCUGAACGUCGCUCUCGUCGUUGCCGUUCUUCUCACGACGACAGACGCUAAACCAAUACGCCACAGGCACGACGCCGACAUUCCCGACAAGCACCAGCCGCAGAGAUACUUGGCAGAGCUUUCCCAAGUCUCCGAGGAAUCUUCCGAGGAGUCUUCUGAGGAGGAGGACGAGGAUGAAGAAGAGGAGGAGGACGAAGAAGAAGAAGAAGGAGUUGUCGAUGUGACCGAAGCCGUCACCGUCCCCCCCUUGCUGGUUGCGACGACCGACUCCAUGACGAGCAUCACCUCCGGAGACGGCAGCACCCUCGCCCCUGAACCGGAACCGGACACGGCGAACACGAUCGGCCCGGUGAUCAUGGUGCUGGACAAGACGCCCGAGCCGGCGGUGACGGUCAACACCGCCGACGUCACCACGGCGGAUGUGAUUCAGACGUCGGUUCGCGCUACAGAAAUGAGGGGGGACAUGUGAAACACUUAGUUAUUAAGACUUCUUGUUUCUCAGAUGGUUAACGUUCAGUCCACUAGAGGCUGCUUGGUUGUUGUUUUUCCUGACGUGUUUUUAAGAAAUGACCAUACUGCAAAAAGAGAACUAAAAAUAAGUAGAAU